AUGGCAGUUUCGGAUUGUAUACGAUACGUGAAAAAGUCCAUGAUCAAUAUUCAUGUCGAACGUUUUCUUGCAGAAAUGUUUGAAUUGAUCAAAAAGGGAUUUCUCUAUCCGCUUUGUGCUGCGAUUGAAAACGAUCUAAGGAUUCUAUCGCACCAACAUCUGGUCAUUGAUGAAAGGGACAAGCCGUCCGAAGAACAACUGGAAUUCUAUAAAGAAAUACUGAUAGAUCCAGAGAUUCGGCUCCACGGCGUUGUUGUGAAUAUCAGCGAAUUUGUUUCCUGCUACCUUCAAAAGACCUUCUAUGAUUUGACCGCCGUAACCCUUCAUGAUCGCCACGCAUACAGUAAAAUGGCCACAUUAGCUGAACAGCGGUAUGGACUGAGCCUCAUUGAUGGAAUGUGUUUAAUAAACCCGAACUGUUUCCAUUGGUCAGAGCUUGGAUGUGGUAAAAGUGAUGCGAUCACUCGGGGAAUUCGUCGCAAAUUUCAAUUACUGUCUAAAUCAGCAGAUUCCAUGAGAACUCAUGGCCUUGGGGUGCUGAACACCAGCGUCAACAUUACCUAUCAGUUUCUCCGGAGUAAAUUUGGAAUUUUCAAUCAAUUCCUCCGAGACGAACAUAUUCAUGCUCAACUACAGAAGGAUAUCCGAUAUUUCCAAGAAAAUCUGCAAUCUCUAAAAAAGAUGGUUAAGCGUGCCUCGAAAUAUCCAUUUCCUCCCAAACGGGCUGAGCAGUUCAAUCGUGCCUUCUCACAACUUUCGAUUGAAAGUGGUGAGCUUACUUAUAUGGAUCGCUUCAGAAUGUUAAUCACUCAGAUGGGUAACGCUUUGGGCUUUGUUCGGUCAAUGUCCUCUGGAGCAGCAGCAGUUGCAAGCCAGAUGAAAGCCUAUGAUACGAUCGAAGACGACAUUGAAGUUUCCGAGGUUGAAGGUGAACACUAUCAGAACUCUCCACAGUUACUCUAG